UUUUUUUGCAACAAGUAACAUGGCACAGCCUCAGUACUACCUGUGAGACCCGAUGCCACCACCCAUUGCGGAGGAGGAGAAGCAGCCGGCAUGGGGUGUUGCCUUGUGGGACUUCGAUGGGAGUGCCUAUGGUGAGGGCUACUUGAGCUUCAACGAGGGGCAGGAGCUAGGCAUCUUCACAGACGAGGAAGCGGAUGGCUGGGCGUUCGGCAGUCACAAUGGCAACAAGGGCUGGUUUCCUCCAGACUUCUGGGGUGCAGGCUCAUCUUUGGCUCCUCCAAGAACUUGUGGCCUGCACUCCUCGCCGGACGCGCGGUGGUCCACAAGACGCGAGAAAUCUUUAGUUCGUCAGGAGAAGCGCGGGUCCGGGAGUGGGAGCAGUUGCGAGUUCGCGGAGGGCGUCGUGAAGAUCUUCUUCAUGCAGCGGCGGUUCGGCUUCAUUGAGUGCAACGGUCUUGAUGUCUUCCUGCACCUCAGCGACUGCGGAAGUCACGUGCCUCGUGUCGGCGACGGAGUUCGCUUUACCAUUGAGAGGAGAGCGGCAAAUCCCAAGCAGCUGCAAGCAAAGUCUGUCACUUUCACUGGCCGCCAAAGCAGCAUCAGCCAGAACCAGACAGGCGUGGUGAAGUCUAUCUCCAGCAACUCUGGCUUCAUAAGUGCUGCAUCUGGCGGUGAUGUGUUCUUCCUCAUAUCCAACUGCAAGGAGGGCAUGCCCAUGCCUGGUGAUACCGUGACUUUUGAUGUGAAGUGGUCAGAGACGCGACCUGGUUCCUUGGAGGCUGUGAACAUGGUGGUCAUCGCAACUCCGCGGAAGAUGCGGCAGCGAUCAGAUUCAAUCCAUUCGAGUCAAAGUUGGAAGGAUGUGAGGGAGGAGCACCCGAGCGUGGCAUCCAUCAGGGACUUUGCCGCCGUCCUUGGAAAAUUGGCCGACCGCACUGAAGCCGCUGAGUCAGAGGCCGCCGUGCUGCGGCAGACGCUGCAGGCGGCGGAGAAGCGGAUCACCGAGCUGGAGGAAGACUUGCGAACCAGGUCAGCCAAAGAGCAGACGCCCGAGCGGACGGCAUAGAUUGUGACAGCAGAGCAGCUGAGUUUUUUCCGGAAUCUGGAAUGAGACGAGCCAUGCUCUCAUCCACCAUGAUGCUGCCACGGUGCAGCCAGCAUGUUCUUCCCGCGACCCAGCCAAGCUGGGGAGAGGCGUUUGCAGUGGCAUGUUGG